AUGGACAAAGAUGAAGACGGAGCCCCAUCUUCUUCUGAGACAUCUCCAGUUCACAAGAAAGGUGACAGAAGUAGAUCGUCUGGUGCUGAAGGCAGGGAUAGUAUAGUCUCCUUUGACACGAGUGCUGAAUCCACACCCAGAAGAUCGUCCGAGAAGCCCAAGUCUGCAAACUCCUCUUCCCAGGCCUCAUCUGGAGGUCAGGACCUCAGCUUGGUGGACAUGAAAACCUCCUGGGACGGAAGUGCUGCAAGCGGCGGUAGUGCUAAGGGUGAGACCACAGAUGGUGAAAGUGGCUAUAAGGUUCCCUUCAAGCACCGAGCUGGCAUGCUUGCAGAUCCCAUCAAAAUUGCUAAAGAGCGGGAGAAAGAAGAAAGGGUUCGACAAGCACGUGAGCGACUAAAAGAGGAGCGACGAAGGAAACUUGUAGAACUGAAAGAGCAGCAACGAACAGCCCAGGAGAACAGAGAAAAACAGCUAGAGAUGAGAAGGAAGAAAAUUGAAGACUUGCGUAGGAGAGAUAUAGAAAGGAGAGCAGCUGUGGAGGAACGUAGAAGAGUCAAGGAGGAAUUUGAAAAAGCCCGUCGUGAGUCCAUUCUGCAGAAAUCUGAGGAACGGGUGGCCCGUUUUGAAGCAUGGAAGGCCGGAGGCCGCAAAGGUGGGAGGGGUCACAUAUUAGGUUUUGGUAGUGCCACCCCUCGUGACAUCUGCCAGCCCUAUGGGCGACCCAGACGCUCAUCGUCACAUAGUGCCCUACUGCGGCUCUCUCCAAGUGGGUCUGAAAUGGACUCGGUGCGGCCUCAAAGGCGUGCUCUGUCGGCGUGCAGUGCGGUUCGCAGACACUGCUUUGUAUAUAAUAACCGGAUUGGAACCACAUCAACAUCCACGGUGUCCACGGCUGCACAACACCACCAGCGCCCUACGAAUGUUCCUGGGAUGGGAUCAUCCAUGACCCGGACCUCGAUGACCGCCAGCAUGCCCAGCCCAGUCAAGAUGAGGGAGAAUAAAAUGAUCCGAAAGCAGCGGCCAGCCAGUGUGGCUUCUUCUAUGCCCAGUUUCGUAGGCGGGGAGCCUGCUAAGUCGCCUCGCAGCAAGAGCACUGACCGAACUGGCAGAGACCGCCUGAAGACUCGUCCACUUCGGAAAAACGAUAAGGCAGAGAAAGAUAACGAAGAUAUAUCAGAGAAAACAAAUGAUAUUGAUGAAGAUGGCAUGGAGAAGGAUGCAGAUGGUGCCAGAGAUACUAGUCACCGGAAAGAGAAAAAAGAGAGGGUGUCUCUGUCCUUCUUUGAUCGUUUGUCGACACCAAAGUUCAGCAAGAAAGAUCCAGAACAUGUCUCUAGAGAAACACCUGCCAAGAAAGAGAGUCCAAUCAUUAGGGUUCAGUUUGCUGAUGACAAAGAUCAGGAUGGAGUUAUUGAGAGGUCAAUAGUACGAGAAAAGCCGUCUGCAUCACAUGCCAAGGAAUCAACCCCUAAGCAUGCCCUGCCUAAAGACACUCACCGUGCUCCAUCAUCAGCUGCAGCUGGCAGGUCUGUUUCGCCUGGCAGGAAGGAAGCUGAGAAACCUGCAGCCAGGAUACCAUCUCCGGGUCGUAAGGGAGGUGAUAAACCCAGUACUCCGGUGCCACAUGUGACCCCGCCUCCCACAGCAACCUCUCCACCACCAGGACCUGUCGAUUCUACGCCCACUCCAGCACCUACUGUGUCCAGUACAAGCACCACACCCUCGCAGUCAUUGGUUACCUCCAUCAUAGAAGAUGGGACAACUUCCCGUAGCUCUGGAGGGUCUGCACAAGACAUAACUGCAGAAGAGUACAAGGCUCGUCUUGCUGAGAAACGGAGACAGGCUAGAGAGAGAGUUGAAAAGGAGGCUGAAGAAGAGCGAAGGCGGCAAGAGGAGGCCAGGUUGGCGGAUGAGGAAAGAAUACUAAGGGAAGAGGAAGAAGAUAGAAGAUUAGAGGAAGAGGCUGAGGUGGCAAGAAAGGCAGAGCGGGAGAGAUUGGAGAAAGCCAUUGAGGCAGAAGAGAAGCGCAGAAAAGAGGAGGCAGAGAAGAUGGUACAAGAGAAGAAAAUU